AUGUUAAAAUACGAUAUUUAAAGUUUAAGUUGUUUUGAACGAUCUUGUUUAUCAUGUCUCUAAACAAGAAAAAUAGAAAUAGCUGAAAAUGUCAAUUAAGGUAUUAAGAAUGUUAGCUGGUCACUUUUUCUAAAUGUAAUUCGAAUUGCCUUGCAUGUGAAAUUACAUCAAAGAAUUGCACAUCUUGUGAUUCUGACUAAGUAUAGCACCUAACUUAAUAGCAAUAGAAACGCAAUUACUAUAUUCUCUCAUAUUCUUAAAAUAUAAAUGACUUUUGCACUUAUUUACAAGUUGAGGUCAUCAUAUUAUUUAUUUCAUAUUUCCUCUAUAUUCUUCUUAAAUAAAAUUUGA